UGAGGAUCCACAGCGCGUGUAUAAAAGCCCCUGUGCGGGUGUCACCAGAUCAUCAUCCACGUCGAAUUAUUUACAGCUAUUGUUUUGUGUCAUUCAUAGUAACCUAUCGCAGCAGGAGCCAUGUCUCACGGAUGGGGAUACGGGCCAACUAACGGACCUGACAAAUGGGCAGAUGAUUAUCCAGUAGCCAAUGGACCACGACAGUCUCCCAUCAACAUCGUCCCCAAGGAGGCCCUGUACGAUUCGGCUCUGAAGCCUCUGAAACUCAAAUAUGAUGCUUCAAAUGCCAAGGGCAUCCUCAACAACGGACACUCCUUCCAGGUGGACUUUGUGGACGACAUUGACUCCUCCACGUUGACUGGAGGUCCCAUUUCUGGAACAUACCGUCUGAGACAGUUCCACUUUCACUGGGGAGCCAGCAACGACAGAGGUUCAGAGCACACUGUUAAUGGCAUCAAGUUCCCUUGUGAGCUUCACUUGGUGCACUGGAAUACCAAGUACCCCAGCUUUGGUGAAGCAGCCAGCCAGCCUGACGGACUUGCUGUGGUUGGCGUCUUUCUUAAGAUUGGUGCUGCCAAUCCCAGACUGCAGAAAGUUCUGGAUGCCUUGGAUGCCAUCAGGACAAAGGGAAAGCAGACCACCUUUCCAAACUUUGAUGCAAAGACGCUUCUUCCUACUUCUCUUGACUACUGGACUUAUGAUGGCUCCCUGACCACUCCCCCCCUGCUGGAGAGUGUCACAUGGAUUGUUCUCAAAGAGCCAAUCAGUGUCAGCCCUGCACAGAUGGAUAAGUUCCGCAGCCUCCUCUUCACAGGAGAAGGAGAUGCUCCGUGUUGCAUGGUGGAUAACUACCGGCCUCCACAGCCUCUGAAGGGCCGUCUGGUCCGUGCCUCUUUUAAAUAAGUCCUUCAGCCAUCAAGCCUCCCCUUCUUUUGACCCAUACUUCUUAAUUUACCACAGUUACAAACAUACAAACAAUACUAAAACCUUCUUGCCUAAUUUUGCUUAAUUUAGGGAGGUGAAAUACAUAUUAGUGUGUCUCUGUGUGUGUGUGUGUGUGUGUGUGUGUGCGUGCGUAACAUUUAGGUGCCAACAAUUACUAGGUGACAACAGUACUCCCUUGUGAUUUGGUAUUGCUGCUGCCUCAUUAUGAAAGUAUUACAUGCAGGUGCACUUAUAAAUGCCAUCAUGUGUACAGUUGUGUGUCACAAUAAGCAUUGCCUUGUUUGCAAAUGAAAGCCUUCAUCACCAUCUUGAAGAUUCUUGUUAUGUAUUUUCUUGCAUUUACCACAGCAUUGUGCAGCUGCUCAGAUUGUGAGAGCAAAAAUAGUUGUAUUUUGUCUGUUUAAGACAAAAUCAUAGGACAGUGAAAAAAGGUUGUGUCUGUUCCUGUCACUUUUGUUCUCUGUGAUUUACUAACUAGAGAAAGAGAGACCUAUUUAUAAAUGUUUGAAUUAUAUAUUUUGGUCCUUCAUUACUUAAACAGAGGUGACAUAAAAAAAAACAAACAACAAUUUUGCAUUUUGCACACAUUUUUAUUAAUGUCUGCAUCCAAUUAUAAUGUCCUCAGUGCAUCUUAAUCAGCCUCCACAAAAUCUAUAAACCAUGAAAAUGAUAAUAACUUCAUUCUGCCUCAAUUCAUAAAGCAGGUGAAACUACAGAAAGUUUUACCUUUUAUUUCAUGUUGCAUGUCCUUGAAAUCAUCUUACACCGUUUGUAUGUAAUGCAGUCACAUUGUGACCAUUUUUAGGAAAUGACAUCAUUUCUUUUUCUGCAGGAAUUCAUCCUCAAACUGAAAUAAGCUUCACCUGUCACCCCUAUCAUUUUUCAAAUAUCAUCCUGUUUGUCACACAUGUCAAGUUUCAUCCUUUUUGGCUAUUCUAUCCACAUUUUUGUCUGGCAAAACAUGUUCACUAAAUCUCACUAAACAUCACUUAAACUUGACUCAUCUUCUCAUGUGACCUUACAUGGUGGAAAAUAAAAUGAUGGAUGCUCUAAUCUUAUUAAUAGAAAAUGUAUAGGUUGAAUAUUAUUUUCUUAUCUGUUCUGUAUAUUUUAUAAUAUGUAUUUAUGAUGUUUUUAGUCCAAGAGUUUGAUAAAAAUGUAUUCCUAUAAUAUAUAAUUUUCCUCCAGCUAUUUUGAAGCUAGUAUCACUGAAUAUGAGUAAAGAUGCUUUGAAGAGAACAUUCUAUGGUGUUGAAUAAACAGUUAUGGAUGCAACUCUUGAAGUGGCGCUACAAGUCAAGUAGGUUUUUAAACUCAAAUCACCUAACAGUGCCAAUUCUAAAUGUGGAGGACAGUCCUACUCAGGUCAUACUGACAAAUAACAAAACAUUUUUUCAUUCUCUUUUGGCUUCAACCCUCACAGUUAUUUUUCCCAUCUACAGUUGUCUCCUCAACCAGACUAACGUACCAGACUAACGUAUACCCAUUGUCAUCUCUUUCUCUCUCUCUCUCCCCACACACACACACAUAUAUAUAUAUAUAUAUAUAUAUAUAUAUAUAUAUAUAUAUAUAUAUAUAUACAUACAUACAUACAUAUACAUAUAUAUACAUAUACAUAUAUAUAUAUAUAUGUGUGUGUGUGUGUGUGUGUAUAAAAUGGGAUUUUUUUUAGUGAUUCAUGUUGUAGUUGUCAAGGAAUUUUAGCAAUAAAAAGUGACUUUUCAUA